AUUAUAAGAGAGACAUGGGACGAGUGAAAUUGGAGAUAAAGCGGAUAGAUAACACAACAAAUCGACAAGUUACGUUCUCAAAACGACGAAAUGGCAAUUUUCCACCGACCUCCAUCUCCACCGGCGCCGGUCCCUGGCCACCGUCGUCGGCAACCCCAAUGGCUAAGAAAAAGAAACCUCCCAUUCUCGGCUCCCCCCUUAGUCCAAAUCACCUCCCAAAAUCUCGCCCACCCCCUUUUUCAACCCUCCCCUCUCCCAUCCAAAAACCCGACCUCACAAAUGAGUCCCUGAAAUUGGACCAACCAGCGACUUCUAUGGCCACUGAAAAGUGCCCAAAUCCCACUGACGCUAUCCGCCUGGAUUCGCCAGCCGCCUCUAGCACCAGCGACACGGUCGUCCUCGACUCCGUAGAGAUCCGCUCUCCAGCUUCACAGGCCCCCGCCGACGAACCUGAGAAAUCCAGCAAGCCCUCCUGGGCGGAAGUCGUGAGCCCCUCAAACAAGAAGAUGGCGGAAGGCAAAAAGAUCAUGACUCGGGAAUCCCCUGCAACCACGCGGAAACCCAAAGGGCUCUCCUCUAGCAGAAAACCCCCUUUGAAAGCGCUUAAGAGUAUCAUCAAAACCAUCAACCGUGAGCAGUAUUCAAAUCUACAGCUGAGAGUUCUGGAAGCGCUUGACAAACUCACCAUCUGCCAGCGCAACCUCCUCUCCUCCCCAACGCCCGCUAUAGCUGCUCUAGAAAAAGAGGCUCACAAAGACUGGAUGGACCUUGCCGUUGCGGAGGAGCUCUUUCUGCACCAACGCUCACGAGUAACUUGGGUUGAGUGUGGCGACAGGAACACAGCAUUUUUCCACCGUUACAUGGCAGUUAGGCGAUCAGCUAAUCAGAUCCACUACAUCCUCGACAGCUCGGGUGUUAAGCACGAAACAAUUCAGGAGAUCCAACGUUGCUGUGUGGACUUCUACAGCAAUCUUCUAGGCGAAUAUCAGGCCCCCCUCACGGACCUGAUCCGGAAGGUUAUAGACACCCUCACUACAAUUGAGCUCCCAAAUCCCGAGAGAGGGGAGGAUCUCUACCUCUGGAAAACAGGUAACACACAUAGGGAUUUCUUCUCCACGGCUCAUACUUGGGAGGAAAUCAGACCGGUGUCUCCGCCCGUUCCUUGGCACAAAGCGGUGUGGUUCAAAGGCUACAUUCCUAAACAUGCCUUCACCUUUUGGGUGGCGCAGCUGGACAGACUACCUGUCAGAACAAGGCUAGUCAAAUGGGGCCAAAUCAACAACGCUUCUUGCUGUCUCUGCAACUUACACGACGAGACCAGGGAUCAUCUCCUCCUCCACUGUGAGAUCUCUAUUCAGGUUUGGAAAUUAGUUUUCCGACGGCUAGGGGAGCCAACUGUCCUGCUUUUGAAUUGGUCGGGACUAGUCUCUUGGAUGUUGGACCCUUCUCCUCAGAUGCCUCUCAUCCUCAAGCUGCUUGCGGCCCACGCCACCAUCUUCUCUAUCUGGAAGGAGAGAAAUUCGCGGCUACAUGAGAGUACUUCUCAUACGGUGGACCAUAUCAAUACGGGAUUCAAUCUUGGCGCGAAACAGAACCAGGAACUCGGAUCUCCUAUCCUCCUGGUUCGCUUUCGAAUGAAGACUCAGCUCUCUCUAUUAUUUCUGCUCCUCGCUAGCGGCUAUUAUAAAGCUUAUGAAUUGUCCAUUCUUUGUGACAUUGACAUUGCUCUCCUCAUGUUCUCUCCCUCUGAUCGUCUUAGCCUAUUUUCCGGCAAAACAAGGAUCGAAGACGUUUUCACAAGAUUCAUCAAUCUUCCUGACCAAGAACGAGAGAAUGCCCUAUCUUCGUUUGCCCUAUCAUUCUCCGAUCAGAGCCGAUGCUCAGAUUUUCAGAGCAAAGAGUAUCUACUGCGGACUUUGCAGCAACUCAAGACAGAAAAUGAUAUUGCUCUUCAACUCACCAACCCUGCUGCUAUGAACUCCGACGUUGAGGAAUUUGAGCAAGAAGUGUAUAAGUUACAACAACAGCAGCAUAUGGCAGAGGAAGAACUAAGGUUUACAACAAUGGAAGAGUACGAAACUUGUGAGAAGCAGCUCAUGGACAUCUUAGUACGUGUUAAUGAACGACGGGAACAUAUUUUAAGUGACCAGUUAUCUUCAUAUGAAGCAUCUACUAUACAACACCAAAAUAUAGGUGGGCUUUUUGUAAACGACAUCAUUGGAGGCUGGCUGGCUGAAAAUGAGCUUAAUCAAGCCCAUCUAUUUGACGCAUCGGCCCAUUCAACAAUGUAUGAAACGUUGUUGCAAGGAAGUAGUUCAAGCUUGAACCAAAACAACAACAUCAUGAGUGAAUGCCACUUGUCAAAUCCUAAUGGUGUGUUCCAACAAUGGGCCCAAGCCUAUACUUCUAAUACGGGCCUCAAUCCAUCAGCCUUAUUUCCUCACAUGCAGCAGCAUCAGUAUGGAGUGGUGGGUUUCAAUCCCAAAAUAAAGAAAGAUGAAAUACCGCUUAUAAAGAGGGAAGCAAAAAUAGACCACGAGGUCUCCGACUAUGAUAUUCGAAUGUUU